UCUGCGAAACCCUUCAUGCUAUAAUUGAACUUUAACAAAGAGAGAAGCCUAAUUUUAUUUAAUUUUGAUAAGUUUUAUUCGCAAGAGGUAAGCUUGGAACUUCUGAUCUUGAUUUUAUUCUUCUUAGUUUUGAUAUAUCCAUUACUCUAAUCCUAAACAGCAGGAAUCACAAAAUAUGAACUUUAUUUGGCUGAAGACAAUGAGGUUAGACCUCCCUCACAAGCUGAAGAGUUGUUUGUUCCUAAUCAGGAAAUGCUGCAACAAGAAAUGCAAAAAUAGGAUUUCCUAUGUAGAUUUGAUCAAUGUUUGCAACAAUUAAAGUCCAUCUCUUUUAUUUUUGCGGAUUUCAAACAGAUGCAAAAAUGGAGAAGUAGCAUACACUUUGAUAUUUCUAAACUAGAGCAGAUGAUACCUCAUUAUUUCUUUCAUAAGGGAUUAGCAUUUCAAACAUUAAUAUUGGGAUAAGUCUUCUAAGCUCCAUUUAAAUUAUAGGGAUUGACUUACAAAGCAAGUCAUAUUCUUAAUUUAAAUUGAGCUGAAAAGACUCAGAAAACAAUUCAGAAUUAACUCAAGUAACCAGACCAAUCUCGAUGAAAUGAUAUGAACAGAGUACUGGAUCUUCUCGCCAAUCUUAGACGCCUUCAGUGGUACUCAUCUUGAAAAGCUCACCUACGGAAAUGGUGUAUACUGAUUUUGACAAGGCUUCUGAAAUAUUAAGUAUUCACGUAGCAAUUAUGAAAUCUAUUCUGAACUUCUUGAUGAGUUUUAAUACGAUAUGACUCUGCUGACUCUCCUAAGUUUGAGGUUAUGGUCAGAUAAUAGCAUAGACUUAUUUUAUGGUAAACUUCUCAUAGAUUUCAAAACUGUGUGUUUACAUCUGAUAAGACGCUUCAGGAUUGCUAUUGUUUACGAUCUUGAACUCUGUACGCUUCUAUUUCUAAUUUCUCUGGUCUAAAAAAAUGAGCUCCCAGUUGAGAGCCUGCAUGAUUUGUCAAAUUUAUACUCUACAAAGUCGAAUAGACUGUGUAAUAAUUAUAACAUGUACGACACAAAAGUUAAUUUUGAUAAUUAAUGUAUUCACUAAAUUCCAAACUUAAAUAAUCCCAGAAAGCUAGUUAGCUCAGAAGACUAUCUUUAACUCGAAGAAGGUGCUUCCUGAGCCAAAUUAUUCAUCUCACACUCAGAACGGGUCUGAAAGAUCUUUCUCAGCUCAAUGUCGAUAUGAAAUUAUGAUGUUGCCCACCGCUUAGAAUUUUCAGCUGAGGGACCAUUCUGGGAAUUUUAAGAAGUCUCUCUUAAACACCUCACAAGCAUAUGAUACCAAAAAGAAGCUUCUAAACUAUUAAUCAUGUAUCUCGCACUAAGCAUGGUUACUCUCACCGUGAAAUUAUAAAGGUUGAGUACCACGAAGUAUUCAUCUUUACUUACAUUGCGAACUUUAAUUCUAUGAAAUUUUUCAGGAUGGGGAUAGAAAUAUGAAGAUUACCAAGAAUAAUUUUUGUCAGAAGCCUCACAAGGCAAGCAAAAAAUGAGAAGACUAGUCCAAAGAGUAAUCUUCGCUGCCAAUGUUUUGUCCAUAUGAAUGAUGAGAGCACAAAUUAUGGAAAUAGAUAUCAAUGUUAUGUACACAUGUUGGAUCUGCCCUGAAAAUUUUAACUUGGCUACUUUUUGUAUAUAGUUUUGGAAUCUGAACUAUAAUAUCAGGUGAAAGUCAUAAAUAUGAUGAAUAAAAGCAUUAUGAAGCUAAAACAACCUUAAAGUUUGCAUUAUUCAGCCUCUACAUUGAAAAACCUAAAUUUUUACUGGAGCUGUUUGAAAAAUUUGCAAAAUUUAAUAAUUGAGCAGGACUCAUGCGACCAUAUACCUCUAAUCAUUUUGGUGCUUAAAUAAUCAAUAAAUGAGUCAAUAAUAAUUAGUAAACAUGUGGCCAUUAAAAUGGCCUUACCAUUUGAUAAUUAUGAUAGUUUUUACCUUCUGAAAUAAAAAAUUAUUGGUUCUAACUGUCAAUCUUCUAGCCACAAAAGAAGCCAAACAAUCGAAGAGAAAUGCUUUAUUGCAUAGUAAAACCCCUCUUCUUUUAUUUUUGAAGCUCAGAGGCAUCACUUUCAACCGCAAUCUUGGCAUCUGACUUGAUGAGGGAACCGAUUGAUGAAAGAUAUGGUUUAGACUGAUCAAACACUUUCUUUUGCUCCAGCAUUAGAAAUCAUGAUUUGAUAGCAUGCUAGUAGUCUUAGCUAGUUAGUAGGGACGAACCAACUUAUAAUAUUGCUAUGAGAUUUUGGACAAAGAAAUUUACGGUUUCUUAGUUGAUAUAAACACUAAUAACAAAGAAAUACAAGUGCUAAAAGUCCAUCAACAGCCCCAGCUUUUACAGGAGUUGUAUCUAAGGAUAUGAUUAAUGCUUAGGACUACACCCAUAACUUUGAAGGGUCUCUACUCUUUAA